UGGUCAUUUUGGUCAUUUUUCUCCUUGUGGUGUAUUUUUGUAACCAAAACUUGAAAAUAGUCUAUUUAGGAGAAUUGUCAUAUAUAUAUAUAUAUGUGGGUAUCUUAUACGACUUGCAAUAGUCAGAAAUCAUCUCUUCUCUCUAAAAAUUAUAUCAGAAAUUUCUGAAGCUUCUCUAUAUUUUUCUUGAGCCAUGACCGCGCAGAAAUCUGUGUUACAAUUAAGUGUUCAUGAAGAAGGAAUCAGGAAGAAAGCGUGGGUAGCCGUUUCUAGGUUUUCAGGGGUUACUUCGAUAGAAAUGGAUGACAAAACCGGUAAAAUGACGGUAGUUGGUGAAGUUGAUGUGCCGAGAAUCGUGAAGAAGCUAAGGAAGAUAUGUAGUGCAGAGCUUGUUACAGUUGAAGUUGUUAAACCCUCUGAGAAAAAGCCUGAACCGAAGAAACCGGAUGAUUUUGUUGCUUAUCCAUUUUCGAUUAACUACCCGUACCCAUACCAUUCAUACUAUCCACCAUACUGUUAUUGUAAUUGUGGUGGAGCAACCAAAUAAUACGUGCAGUUAUAUAAUUUUCCUAGAUUUCUUUCAGAUAACAUAAUAUAGAUUAGCAAUGUAACAACUUUUUGAUGAAAGCAUAUUUUUGAGUUAAUGUAAUAUACAUUUAUGAGUUUAUUUUGAAGAGAAAAACACAAUUGGUGUAUGGUAAA